UCGCAGCCCAUCGAGGCUCACACAAUCAUCUCCUAUUCGCCAUCAAGCUGGUCAGAACCUAUCCAACAGCCUACGGAAAGCCGAUCUGGCAGCAUACCUCCCAGCCAGCCCGCUUUACAGCAUUGGGCUCCUGCUCAGCCUGUUGCCCCUAUUCAAUCGUGGGCUCCUGCUCAAGCUUCGGCCGUCGUCCAACCUUCAGUCCCCAUCCAAUCUGAUGUUGCCUCCGCCGUUGAAAAGCCUGCUGAGUGGCAAACUUAUGGAGAUGACGAACCAGGACCCGAUGCCGCGCACUCGAUGGGCUUUUGGGUUCUUAACAGAAACGCCGUAACACAUCACAUCAGUACAGACUGGGCGGAAAACGACGUUCAACAAUACGGCGCCCAUGAAUACCUCCAGUUCUCCACGGCUACAGUUGGACCUGGUGAGAACUUGUGGAUCCCCACACUGCCUGGGAUGAACCCAAAGUUAUUUGUGGGUGUCUCUCCGAAUAACAAGACUGCAGAAGUCGGCGAUCACCGAAAUCACGACACUCUCGUUGAGGCAACCUUCAAGGGAGGCUAUGACCAUCUCUACUAUGAUAUCGAUAUCGAGCGUGGCUUCUCCUCGCCAGUCUGGUGCCAUGGACAGGGCGAUGCAUGGGAGGACGGCCAAGGCUGCGUUGCAGAUUUGCUUUACGUGUGUCCUGANAAAGACCAACAUCGACACCCAGUGACCGGGGUGUACGACCAAUGUCGAGGAGCUGACGACAAUAUCGCCUUCCGUCGUCAUUACUGCCCCAGAUCCUACGUCGUAUAUAACGACGACUAUGCCACUGUCACUCCAAGCNNCACGGAAAGGACGUUGUCGCUGACUUUUGUCAAAGUGCUCAUCUGUACUAUCAUCGCUACACCAUCGACCAGCAACAUUCAGACCGCUCAGAUCGCCGAAGCUAAGAGNAAAAAGGCAGCCGGUAUCAGCCCAACCGCUGUCCUGCCUAGGCGUGCCCUGCCUCGAGGCCACACCAAGAACAAGCGACUUUCUGGACACGCUUAG